AUGAAGCUCAAUAUGCAACUCAAGCCAGAGGCCCUCAAAACGGUCUGGUCUCCUCACGACAACAUUUACCUCGACGAUCUGGGGGUUCCAUUGAAAGCUCCAGAUGCUGCAAGAAUGUGGCGGAUCAGAGCGGAAGAAUUGAAGGCGCGCGAAGACGCGAAGGAAGCGGAGAGGGCCGCACGGGCGAACAGCAAUAGCAGAAAGCACAGAUUUACAAGACCGUUUCGCUCCUCCAGAUCAAGCACUGUUGUUGGCUCCAGCGCCUGGAACUACGCGAAUAACCCGCUUUUACACUACGUGCCCCAAGAAGCAGUGGGCCAAAGCAGGAGACGCACCAGCGAUGCGACCCAAGUCCCCACUGGUAGUACCAGACGUGCUCUGAAUGUGUCGAACUUUGAGAAUUCAGAGGCGCGUUCUGUGACUUCAAGUGUCACUCUCGCACACAGAUAA